UUUUAUAUUCGCGACAACCAAUGAAUCUAGUCGUGCAGACUCUUAACAUCCCAGCAUGGUUCCGAAAUUGACGGGGUUCAGAGGGAUGGCUCAUCCCAGCCAUCUGCAGGAGAUUGAUGAAAAAGACUUGCAAGAUGUAGUUUGGGUCAAUACGAGUGUUGGUGCUUGUAUGCGGGGAAAUUUCAAAAGAACUGGACGCAAAGUGGCUGUCAAGUUACUCACGGAUAGUAAAUGGAUUGAUAGAUUAAGAAAAGUACUGAUAUUGGAACAGGUCUGUUCUGAGCAAGUACUAGUCCCAUUAGGUGUGUACAAGACUCAUUCUUUAGUUGGGCUAGUGUGGGACUGGAUGACUGAGGGAUCUCUAGAUUCAGCACUGCAUGAGACAGACCUGUUCCCAGAGCUUUCAAUGGCUCUUUGUCUUCAAAUCCUGUUGGAUGUUGCUGAAGGUUUAGCUCAUCUCCAUGCUAUUCCAUUGCUUCAUGGAGCCCUGAAAGCCACCAAUGUUCUCCUCGACCAACAUUACCGUGCCAAGUUGUGUGACUGGGGCCAACAUUUGACGAUGACCACCUUGAAUGGCAAUGGGCCAUGUUACAGAGACUUGGCAUAUAUGUCACCUGAGGUCAUACUAGGUGCCAUUCCUUCUGUGGAGGCCGACAUAUACAGUUUUGGGGUUCUGCUAUGGGAAGUGUUGAACAGAAAGCGUCCAUGCGAAGGUAUUGAUCAACUUCAGACCCAGAUACUCUUUACUCAGGAUAAGUUGGAGCAUGGUGUGGCGGUUGACUUACUGCCACCAAUGACCCCUCAAAACCAUGCCCUUACCCAGCUCAUGAUUACAUGCUUGAACUGUGAACCUAAUAAACGCCCAUCAGCUGAGGAGUGUGCUGUUGUUCUAAGAAUGGCAUUGGCAGCAUUUGAUCCACAGACUUUCAGUGAGGCUGUUCUUCAUGUAAAAGCAUGCAAGGAGAGGAAGCUACUGAGCUAUAAGUUGCCUAUUGAGCUAGAACUCAAAAGUGGAUUGAAUGGUCCCAAAAAUUGGACCUCCAAGGUGAUUCCAAAGGGUGAAAAUCAGAUCAUGUCUCCGUCAGAGAUUCCCAAAAUGCAUGCAAAAGGAAAAGUCUCUCUUCUAAAAGCAACAAGGGGCUGUUAUCAGGUUGCAUGCUUUAGGGAUACAGGUCCAAAAGAUUCAGUCCAAUCCGGUAGCACUGGCAGUGAUCAUGGUUUCACUCAGAAUGCUGCAUGUUGUGGAGUGCCCCAGAUACAGAGUCCUACGUCUUUAAGGCCCCCGUGUGUUUCUUUUACAACACUAUUUCAGAGUACCCUGCAGUACAGUGCUGGCAACCAGGUACCAUGUCAAAUGUCUGCAGGAAUGAGCUGUUGUCGACUCUUGCAGGAGAGACGCGAGACCAUUGUGCGCUGCAUGACCGAAGGACAACUCAACAACCUACUAGACAGGUUGCGGGCUCGGCGGGCUGUGACGCGCGAGACAUAUGAGAUUAUCACUGCAGCCCUGACCUUGACCGCACGCACUCGCUGUUUACUUGAUAUUUGUGCGUGCCUCGGUGAGAAUGUUGCCAUCUUGGUGGCCACAACUUUGGGUCUAGUAUCCACAAAAAAUACUCAGAGAGCGCAAAAGUGGCAGGCUGGUUAACUUGUGCCAAAUAGGCCUGCACUAUAACAUGUCUUUACUUUUUUUACAUGUUGCAGUUCUCAUUGUAUUCGUGUUUGAGGUGCUUUGAAGCUGAAAUUAAGAGAGGUCAGACUCUCUGGAAUGGUAUGCUGCCAUGCAGUUUCUAAAAAGAUCUCAUCAAAUUAACACCCAUUAUGCAGGGUGUUGCAGAUUUCAUUGUUUCCCAAUUCACAGACUGAAGGGAUUAUUCCAGUGCCUUUGAACAUGACAAUGUUCUGUUAGAGAGGCAAUUACUAUUUUGAUUGCAUUCUUUUUGUGUUUAAAUGUGGAGAGGAAGAAUAUAACAAAAAACAAAUCAUUUUAGGAGGAAAUGUAAGACUAUUUCCCUUAAUCAUCCAUACACUAUUUCUCACAUGGAGUGUUCAUUGUCAUCAUUUACUCUCAGUUGCCAUUAAUCUUGAAGCAGUUGUUUGAGAUGCUGAGAACAGAUUAUAAAGAGUUUACGCAUUUCUCUUUUCUAACCUACUCUUCUUCAUUCAGAUAUUACAUUUAUUCUUACUUCACCACAUUCAUUAAGUGUGAAUGUAUUUCUUUGUGUACAAUGUAUUAUGAUACAACGUUGAAUGUAGUA